UAGAGCCGCUCAGUAUUUACAACGAUUCUCUCAGAUUUCUCCCCCAAAUCAAAAUCAAAUGCGUUUAGUGUUCUCCGGGUCCCACUCUUCCGAAGCCGAAACCAUCCUUUUCCCUCCCUUUUCUAUAAGCAGCGUCAGCUCGUCUCAACAAAAUUCUUUGGUCUUUCUUCACUCCAUUCCAUUGAUGAUUCUCUGAGAAGUGGGCUUCGGGGUUCAUUUGAUUUCGUCAGUGUUCAUGCGAGCAAACUUUCAUUAAUGUCAAAGUCUCAGGUGAACAUUGGAUUUUUGAUUCCGCUUACUAACAAUCUGAAGGAAGACGAUUCAGCCUCAAAAUUACCAAUUUCAGAAGGGGCCAAUGUUUUCGGCCGUAAUGAUAUCUGCAUCUCUGAUAAAAGAUUGAGCCGUAAACAUAUUACUCUCAAUGCUUCGAUUGAUGGUUCCGUUGAUGUAGUUGUAGAGGGAUCAAAUCCAAUUGUCAUUAAUUCUGGCGAUCAGAGGAGGAAGUUGUAUUCCAGAGACAAGAUUAGGAUUGCAGAUGGUGAUAUUCUUGAAUUGAUUCCUGGGCAUUAUACUUUUAAGUAUGUAAGAUCGACUGUUGAUAAACAUAUAGCUUCGUCUCAAGCACAUAAAAGGGUUUCGUACAAAGGAAAAGGGGUUGAUGAAGCUAAGAAGUUAGUUGUGAAGAGGCAGCGUCAAGUUUCUGAAGAUGAAGCUUUGGCAAGAAUUUUGCAGAUGAAUGAACUUCCACCUGCGAAUUCUAACGAGGGUUUGGAGGCAAUUCGCCAUUUUAGUGUCCCAAAAGAGAAAUUUCAUUUGUCCUUUCGGCUCUUGCAAGUUCAAGGGCUACCUCCAUGGGCAAAUUCCUCUUCAAUUUCUAUUGGAGAUGUGAUUCAGGGUGAUGUCCUUGUGGCUGUUCUUUCAAAUUACAUGGUGGAUAUAGAUUGGUUGUUAUCUGCAUGUCCAGUUCUUUCAAAGAUCCCUCAUGUGCUUGUUAUUCAUGGAGAAGGUGAUGGUGGAGUAGAUCAUAUGAAGAGGAAGAAGCCUCCUAAUUGGUCUCUGCAUAAACCCUCACUGCCUAUUUCUUUUGGGACACACCAUUCAAAGGCCAUGUUUCUUGUCUAUCCUCGAGGGGUGCGGAUUGUUAUACAUACAGCAAAUUUGAUAUAUGUUGACUGGAACAACAAAAGCCAAGGACUAUGGAUGCAAGAUUUUCCUUGGAAAGAUCAAAAAGAUGUGAAGAAAGGAUGCAGCUUUGAAACUGAUUUGAUAGAUUAUCUUAGUGUGCUAAAGUGGCACGAGCUGAGUGUUAACUUACCAUCCAUUGGAAAUGUCACUAUCAACCCGUCAUUUUUUAAGAAGUUUGAUUAUAGAAGUGCAGUGGUCAGGUUAAUUGCAUCUGUUCCUGGGUAUCAUAUGGGUCCCAACCUGAAAAAAUGGGGGCAUAUGAAACUUCGUACAGUUCUUCAGGAGUGUAUUUUUGAUAAAGAAUUUAAAAACUCCCCUCUUGUUUACCAGUUCUCUUCCCUUGGUUCUCUAGAUGAAAAGUGGAUGUCUGAGUUAGCAUUGUCAAUGUCAUCAGGACUUUCUGAUGAUAAAAUGCCUCUGGGUUUGGGGAAGCCCUUGAUAGUUUGGCCCACCGUAGAAGAUGUUAGAUGCUCUUUGGAGGGUUAUGCGGCUGGCAGUGCCAUCCCAAGUCCACAGAAGAAUGUGGAGAAAGAGUUCUUGAAAAAAUAUUGGGCAAGAUGGAAAGCAAGCCAUACUGGUCGCUGUCGUGCAAUGCCACAUAUAAAGACAUUCACACGGUAUAAUGGGCAAAACCUAGCUUGGUUCCUACUGACUUCAGCAAACCUCAGCAAAGCUGCUUGGGGUGCACUUCAGAAGAAUAAUUCCCAACUUAUGAUCCGUUCCUAUGAAGUGUUUUCCCAACCUAUUCAGCUAGGGGUGCUAUUCUUGCCAUCUGUCAGCAAAGAUCAUUACUGUGGAUUUUCUUGUACAGAUAAUGGAGAUACCAUCAAGGAUCUCCAUAAAUCCUCCGAAACUAAUACCCAAGGACACAGAACAAAAUUAGUGACUCUGCGUUGGCAAGGAAACCAAAGUUCAAAUUCUUCAUCUGAAGUAAUUCAAUUACCCGUGCCAUAUGAACUUCCUCCACAACCCUACUCACCUGAAGACGUGCCUUGGUCAUGGGACAGGCGAUAUUACAAGAAAGAUGUUUACGGUCAAGUGUGGCCACGAUAGGUUUAGCUCUAUUCCGUGUUCAAGCGUUGCCACCCACAACAAAACCGAAAAUAGAUUUAGCUCUAGUCAGUGAAAAAUGUAUUCCAGUUUUCAGUAGCAGAGCUUAGAAUCUUUGUAAUUCCUUUAUUCUCCAAAAAUUGUUUCUUUUGAUGUUAAGAAGAAAACGAUUUUUAUUUUUAUUUUUAUAGAAAGCCCCAACGCCGAUUCCAUUUUUCCA